GCGUAAGAUAACCUCACUCCUAUCCUUUGCAUAUGUCCCGGAGGCAUCUUAAGUUUAAAUGUGCUGGGCAAAGUGUAUGAUUGUUUGUACUUCUGCUGUAGCAGGGUGUUUUUGUUCUGAAUGGAUGUACAUUCAGUUUUAUAACGGAUGGUCUGAGUGAUACUGGAGGAAGCGGUGUAGUCUAAAUGAGGGAUAGUACUAAGAAGUCUGAGAUGGAUAAAUCUUCUAAAGAGGUGAAAGAAACAAAGGAGUCAAGAACUUUUGAUUUGCCGGCGCAGAAUUCAGCAACUUCUGGUACGGUCACUGCUGAAUGGGCUGCCUAUCAGGUGCCUCCACAUGCGUUCUUGGCAUCAAGUCCCCAACCGCACCCAUAUAUAUGGGGAGUUCAGCAAUUUAUGCCACCAUUCAACACUCCACCACAUCCAUAUGUUGCACUGUAUCCCCCUGGGGGCAUAUAUGCACAUCCAUCUAUACCUCCGGGAUCAUACCCUUUCAGUCCUUUUGCUAUGCCAUCACCAAAUGGUAUUGCUGAAGCCUCUCCUAACACUCCUGGCUACAUGGAACUGGAUGGUAAGUCAUCUGAGGGGAAGGAAAAACUGCCCAACAAAGUAUCUGAGGGAAAUGUAUCCAGUUUGAAUAUGGUUAUUGGGAAGGAUACUGAACCUUGUAAAACAUCUGGUGCAUCUGCGAAUGGUGUACAUUCUAAAAGGUAUGAUGAA